UUCCCAUCCCGUCAAUCCAGCGACCACCCUUUUUAUCUCUUCUUCCCCGAGCCGAAAGAGGAGAGACGAACCAAAACUUCUCUUCCUUCCUCUUUCUCCUCCCUUUCCACACAGAUCUGCAACUUCCGCCGCCAUUGAAGGAGAGAGUCAAACUCCUCAAGAUCCGCAGCUUCUCCUUCCGCCGCUGCCUUCAACUGCAUUUCCCACUCUCCUUCUCCAGAUCUGCGAGUUUCAGAAAAUGGCGACCAACUCCUUGCUCCUACUCUUCCUCCUCGGCUUCCUCUCGCUCACAGCCACCACCGCACAGUCCCCGAGUCCAUCCCCCGCCGCGGACUCCGAUUCCAGUUCUCCGUCAUCUUCUCCUACUCCGUCUCCCGAUUCCGGAUCUCCGUCACCAUCACCAUCUCCAGUUUCCAACUCGCCGCACGUCUCGCCUCCGGCGCCUCCUCCUUCAGAUCUGCACACCCCUGCGUCCGCUCCCGCUCCGAGUCCGACUCCCGGCGAUGAGAAUUCCCCGGCGCCUGCUCCCGUGGAAGCCGUGGACGGGAACAAGAGCGGCAAUGCGAUGGCGACGGAGGACGGCGAGAUCGGGGAUUCGUCCGGGAUGAGCGGCGGGAAGAAGGCCGGAAUCGCGGUGGGGCUGGUGGCGGCCGUCUGCGUCGUCGGGUUCGGCGGGAUGGUUUACCGCAAGAGGCAGCAGAAUUUGAGGCGGGCGCAGUACGGUUACGCCGCCAGGGCCGAGCUCCUGUGAGUGUAUUGAAGAAAAAGAAACCGCAGCUUGGAAACUCCGACGUUCACGGCUCGUAGUUCCACCCUAACCGCCGGUGAAUUCGGAAUUUCUCCCUCCUUACCGCGGUUAAAAGAAAAAGAAAAAGAAAAAAGAUAAUAUACAGUCUUCUUUAGCAGUGUUAAUUUCUCGAUUGUUCCUCUGAUCUGUUUCAUUUGAUGGCGAUUUGUUUAAUCAUCAUAUAUGAUUAGUAUUUUACUUGACGAUUGUGAUUUGAUUGAUUGAUACUGUAUGCUCUAUUUUGGUUUUAGGGUUUUGGAUUAUAAUACUGUUCUUCAUUGCGAUUUGAAUUUGGAUUCGAGAUUAUCGAUUUCUAGCGAUACUGCCAUUUUUUGGUCUGAUUGAUUGAUUGAUUACUGGUGACUGCAGCGCUCCUUUUUUGUCUUUUCUAAUCCUGCCGUUUCGUAUGGGCCAGCGGUAGGGUUCAGUAUUGUCUUUCUACUGCCAGCUGGGCCCAAUCACAUACUCCGAUUACCAUUCCUUUUUGUUCGCUCUCUUGGGCCUGUAAAGUGUACUUUUUGUCUUUCUAUGCUGGAGUUACCUAGGCCCAAGCCCAAUUAGCUGGCAUUCUAUGAGUUAUUAUAAAAUUCGUAUUAGAUG